UAACAUCUCUGUAACUGGGUGUGUUUGGUCUCCGCCAUUUGUCAAAGAAGUGUUUACUUUUGUUUUGUUGCAAAACCAUAGCAACUGUUAAGUAAAACUGGCGGUGUAGAUGUGUGAAGCGGUUAGUUGUUGGCUAGGUCUGUAGGUGUUGAUUGACUGCGUAAGAAAUUUUUUUUCGAUUGUGACUAUUAAAAUGGAUUUACGGCUGUUUACGAUUUGGGUCGGUUUCUUCUCAGUUGUUUCUGCUCAGCGGACACCUACAAUAUCAUACAUAUCACAAGAACAAAUCAAAGACAUUGGUGGCACUGUGGAACUUGAAUGCUCAGUGCAGUAUGCGCAGGACUAUCCUGUGCUAUGGAUGAAAGUGGAUCGUAAUAGGCAAGUUGAUCCCUUACCUAUAUCAACUGGAAGUUCGUUGAUUAUUCGUGACAGCCGAUUUGCUUUGAGGUAUGAUACAGCCAGUUCAACAUACACCUUGCAGAUAAAGGACAUUCAAGAGACUGAUGCUGGUUUUUACCAGUGCCAAGUGAUCAUUGGUUUGAACAACAAAAUAACAGCAGAAGUAGAUCUUCAAGUCCGCCGUCCACCUGUAAUUUCAGACAACUCUACUCGCUCAUUAGUUGUAAGUGAGGGACAGGCUGUAAGACUUGAAUGUUAUGCUGGAGGCUAUCCUGCACCCCGUGUUUCUUGGCGUCGUGAGAAUAAUGCUAUCCUUCCUACUGGAGGCUCUAUAUAUAGAGGGAAUGUCUUGAAGAUUUCCAGGAUUGGGAAAGAAGAUAGAGGUACUUAUUAUUGUGUGGCAGAAAAUGGCGUUGGCAAAGGAGCACGGCGCAACAUAGCUGUUGAAGUGGAGUUUCCACCUGUGAUAACAGUACCAAGACCUCGUCUUGGGCAGGCUUUGCAGUAUGACAUGGACUUGGAAUGCCAUGUUGAGGCUUACCCACCCCCUGCCAUUACAUGGUUGAAAGAUGAAACUGUCCUUUCGAACAACCAGCAUUACAGCAUCUCACAUUUUGCAACAGCUGAUGAAUUUACUGAUACAACACUUCGUGUGAUAACAAUUGAGAAACGGCAGUAUGGCAAGUACCAAUGCAAGGCAGCCAACAAACUGGGUGAAGCUCGGGAAGAAGUGGAGUUGUUUGAAACCAUUAUCCCUGUUUGUCCCCCUGCCUGUGGUCAAGCAUAUGGAGGAGAUGCAGCAGAAAUAUCAACUAGCAUGGCUCUCAUUCUCAUCUCAACUAUUAUAGUUGCAUUGCAUCGAAACCUCAACACCAAACAUUAAUUUUCGUUUUGUUGUGUGGCCAAAUGAAGGCAGCUAUAUUCUUUUGGAUCUUACACUGUUAGUCUUUCUGUGGAUGGCAGUGCUUUGCAGAUUAUCUGACAUAUAAAUAUAAGUUGUGGGCAUUGAUCACACAGAGGCUAAAGGAGUUUCUGCUCAUAACAUUCCACAUUAAAUGAAUAACAUAUAAAAACAAGACUUUAGAGGAACUAUUUAUUUUCGUAUGGUAGAUAUGAUCUAUAAGUGUCUCCAUUGUACAAUAAGAUUCUAAAUUUGUUUUGGGGCAUGUCACAAUUACUGUAUUUCUUUAAUGUUUUGUUUGGUAUCUGUGUCAUUUUGAAAGUAUUAUGGAAUAUUGUGUGACUUGAUAGCUUUACUCAGGCACAACAUGUGUAGUGGUACAAAAAUAUGUUUCUUUGAUGUGCUAUGUGGUAGAAUUGUGAGAGUGAGAUUUUCUUUGAGAACAUUACAUUCCUUUUGAAAUGCUGCUGCAGCAGCUUUUAAUUUUUUUAUAUCUAAUGGGCAGCUAAGUUUUUACUUAAUAGCAUUACUCAUGGCAUGUAAAGUUUUUGCAUUAUUGCCUUUUGUGAUGACUCAUUACUGUGUAUGAUAUUCGUAACUUUUGUACUAAUGUAAAUAUUAGCUAAUCGUACUCUUCCUUAUAAAAUUUUUGUUUACAAGAGUCCAGUCCACUGUGCAGGCUGCAGUAAAGAUUGUAAACAUAUAUUUUAGUCAUAUGUAACCCUUUGAAUUCUGUAGAAAAGUGGUUCUAAAGCUUAUAACGUCAUAAAAAGUUAAAUCAUCAAACAGGUGGAAUAGAAAGCUAUGGGUAUUGCAUAACACAGUAAAUGGUAUUACCCAUUUUUGUAAGUUUAAUUUAAUUAAGUCUUUCUUAAGAUCUGGGCAGUAAUAAGACUGAUAUGGAAGCUGUUUUGAAAACAAAGUAAUAAACUCAAAAUAUUAAAACCAACCAUUGUUUUUAAUCUUUGGCAUUUGCAGAUAUGUGUUUGUGUGUUCGAGAUAUGUCUUUGCUACAGUUAAAUAUGUCGUAUUCUAAACUUUCUCUUACUUUUAGUUUCUCAAAUCACAACAUUUUGGUAUACAAAUUUUCUAUAUUACCCAGUAUUUCUUGCUAUCACAUACACACAGUUUAAGCCUUUAAUACUAGCUGCUGUUUUGUCAUUUAGAUUGAAUAGCUAAUAAACAGAUCGUAAAAUACUCAGAAUCAUGUACCCACUGAUAUUCAUCCGAUUAGCAUUUGCACGUUUUUUGUGUGGUUGACCUGCACCAUGAUAUGCUUACAUAUUUCUUGUGUGGGUAUUUUCACUUUCUAAUGUAUCUUUGUAGUACUUCUGCAAUAUUUAUGUAGUAACAACAGUAUAUGUGUGUUUCCUUUGUAUUUAUAUUUAAUUUGUUUGUGUACAUAUCAUUUUUGUAACUUGCUUAAAAGUUGGUUGUGGCUGUUGUAAACUUUGGCUUUCAUUCAUAAAUUGAUUUAAUUUUGGUCGUAAAUUCCAUAUUGUACAGUUAUUAUAAGUACCUGCAGCCAAAAAUCAUUAGGAAUUGUAUAAUUUCAGAGGCAGACGAUUGUAAAAGACAAACAUUCCAAUACGUAAAAGUAACACCGGAAUACAUUUUAUAUGCUUUUUCAGUUUUUCUGUAUUAAAACAGUAGAUACUUCGAAAUAUUAAAGUAGGAUUUUUAAAAAUAGAGAUGAGUCUUAUUAGAUUCCAAAUGAGACAAUUUUUAUUAUAUUCAGAGAACAACCUUCCUUACUCUUCAUUUGUCUAACAGAACUUUCACAAAAAUGUGUUACAGCGUAAGAACAUUCACACCACGCGCAUAAAAGUGGUACAGUUGCUAUGUUUCACUUCAAAAUCAGUAAUAAAUCAGCCUACUGCGUGUGAAUGUGAGCAGUGAAACUUAGGUUCUCAGAUUGUGAGGACAUUUGGUAACUUACCAUGACAAAAUGUAUUUUUUUUUUUU